AUGGCUGCACUGUGGGUUGUGGGCUUCUUGAUAGAGACCUCUGGCAGCGGUCGGUUGCUCUUCGUAGGUUUCACAGGCCACUUGCGACAGCAGGGCGGAUCAGAGAUGACGACGCCCUCCUUGUGCAGAACUCUGCAGUGCCGGACCGCGUGCAGGGUGCGGGAGCGCAGGCGCAGCAGCCCAGCACGGAGUGGUGAGGGCGCUGCCAAGAGGCUGACAUCCAGCAUCUCGAAGGCCCGAUCGACUGCAGCAAUCCUCAACCUGCUGGGCAAGGAGGUGGACGGCGACAUCUUCAACGAAUUCCACAUGUCAGCAGCGUUUUCCCGAUUGGCUAAGUUCAGCCAACGGCGCAAGCUGAGCCGGGAAGAUGUGGCCAGCCCUGUCUGGCUAAGAUUGCUGUCCCGGCUGUGCACCAUGCUCAAGGAGAGCAUGCUCGACGCACGGGGUGUGGCCAAUGUCUUCUGGGCCGCUGCGCAUUUGCAAGAUGCUGCACCGCAGGUGCUGACAGCAGUGCCACCCGUCGCAGAAUGCAUACUGCAGGAGGUAGAUGCAAUGGAUUCUCAAGCGCUGUCCAACAUCAUAUGGUCAGUGGCAAAGUUGCAAGAUGCUGCGCCGCAAGUGCUGAUAGCAGUGCCAGCCAUCGCAGAGCGCAUACCGCGUGCUGUCGAAAACAUGAAGCCUCAAGAGCUAUCGAACAGCCUGUGGUCAGCUGCGAAUCUGCAAGAUGCCGCACCGCAGGUGCUGACGGCUGUGCCAGCCAUCGCAGAGCGCAUACCGUGUGCGGUUGAAGGCAUGAAGCCUCAAGAGUUAUCGAACAGCCUGUGGUCAGCUGCGAAUCUGCAAGAGGCCGCACCGCGUGUACUGACAGCUGUGCCAGCUAUCGCAGAGCGCAUGCUGCAUGUGGCAAAAGGCAUGACGCCUCAAGAGCUAUCGAACAGCCUGUGGUCAGCUGCGAAUCUGCAAGAUGCCGCACCGGAGGUGUUGACAGCUGUGCUGACAGCUGUGCCUGCGAUCGCCGGACGCAUACCGCAGGAGAUAGACGGCAUGGUUCCUCAAGCGUUGUCCAACAUUCUAUGGUCAGCCGCGAAGUUGCAUGAUGUGGUUCCACGGGUGUUGACAGCUGUGCCUGCCAUCGCUGGACGCAUACCGCAAGAGAUAGACGGCAUGGUUCCUCAAGCGUUGUCCAACAUUCUAUGGGCAGCUGCGAAGUUACAAGAUGUGGCGCCGGAGGUGCUGACACCUGUGUCAGCCAUCGCAGAACGCAUACCGCAGGAGGUAGACAGCAUGGUUCCUCAAGCAUUGUCCAACAUUCUAUGGUCAGCUGCGAAGUUGCAAGAUAAGGCGCCAGAGGUGCUGACAGCUGUGCCAGCCAUCGCAGAGCACAUACCACAGGAGGUGGAUGGCAUGCUUCCUCGACACAUCUCGAUUAUUUUAUGGUCAGCUGCGAAGCUGCAAGAUGCCGUGCCACAAGUGCUGACAGUAGUGCCAUCCAUCGCAGAGCGCAUACCGCGAAAAGUCGAAGGCAUGAGUCCUCAACACGUGUCGAACAUCCUGUGGGCGGCCGCGCGGCUGAAAGACUCAGCGCCACAAGUCAUCACGACCAUUCCAGCUCUUGUGGCCAAGGCUCCCGCGGUCAUCUCAACAAUGCAGGCAGAUGGCUUACAAAUGUCUCUAUGGGCUGCUGCGGAGCUUGGCGAAGUGCGCUUGGAGGGCCUGCUCAAGAGGGAGCUGGGCCGUCGGAUUCGAGUGCGCUGCCAUGGGAAGAGGGCCCGGCAGCCGCGCAGCCCCUCCAUGAAGCAGGCUCUCUUGGCCCAGAGCGAGGCCGACGGCAGCGGCAAGAAGGCCCACGAGCUCAUGCGCGAGGACCCCAAUGUGAAGAGCAGCAUGAUCGUCUACAACAAGAUGGUCGGCGUCUUCCGCCGGCUCUUCCACGAGGCUCUGGUGCUUGGGGAGUGA